AGUGCUGGUGUACUGGGUGGCCAGGUGUGUGUCUGGGGGCCAUAGCACUAUAUAUAUAAGGUACAUGCCUCACACCGUUCACCACUCACCUGGCGACGCAUUCAUCAUGAGGUUCCUGCUAGUGCUGGCUCUCCUGGGCCUCACGCUCUCCCUCACAGAGAGCGUGAUGGUGUGCUACCUGGAGUCCUGGGCGGUGUACCGGCCGGGGAAGGGCGCAUAUGACAUCGAUGACGUCGACCCCGACAUCUGCACCCACCUCAUCUUCGCCUUCGCUGGGAUCAACGCCAACGGCAAGAUCCAAGUGCUGGACCCGUGGCAUGAGCUGUGUGAGGAGUACGGAGAGUGCGCCUACAACAGGUUCACUGCACUAAAGAAACAGAACUCUGCGCUCAUCACCACUCUGGCCGUCGGCGGCUGGAACGAAGGAUCCACCAAGUACUCUAACAUGGCCGCAGACCCUGCCAAGAGGAAGACGUUCGUGGACUCCACUCUAGCGCUUCUGAAGGCGCAUGACUUCGAUGGCAUGGAUCUGGACUGGGAGUACCCAGCACAACGAGGUGGCGUUCCAGAGGACAAGGUGAACUAUGCCAUCCUGCUGGACGAGCUGAGCGAGGCGCUGCACGCCAACGGUAUGAUCCUGACGGCGGCGGUGUCGGCCGGAAAGGACAAGAUUGAUAGCGGAUACGACGUGCCCAAGAUGGCCCAGUCCCUAGACAUCGUCAACCUGAUGACGUACGACCUCCACGGCGACUGGGAGCCCUUCGUACACCACCAGUCCACCCUCUAUCCCUACUCCGAGGACGAUGGGGACAACGCCAAUCUCAACGUCGACUUCGCUGUCAACUACUGGAUAGAGUUGGGGAUGCCGAGCACGAAGAUCGCCCUUGGGGUGCCGCUGUACGGCCGGUGCUGGACCUUGGACGACUCCAGCCAGACCGACUACUACUCCCCGGCCAGCCAGCCGGGAGAAGCCGGCCCCUGGACCGAGGAGCCCGGCAUGAUGGGAUACAAUGAGAUCUGCUACGACCAGACGAACAACCCAAAUAGUUGGACCAUUGAGACGGCCCCAGGCAUGAACGAGCCCUAUGCUUACCGUGGCCGCCUCUGGUGCUCCUACGAGAACCACACCUCUGUCAUCAUCAAGGCCUCGUAUGCCAAAGACCACAACCUGGCCGGUAUGAUGGUUUGGAGCAUCGAUACUGACGACUUCCGCGGUGACUGUAACGGUCGUCCCUAUGAUCUCAUCAAGACCAUGGUGGAGACCUUCACUGGUACCAUUAUCACACUCCCGCCAACCCAGCCCACCACCACCAGGGACCCCAACGCGCCGACUACAACCACCAUCUCCACCACCACCACCACAGCCAACCCGCCCCCCGAUGGUGUCUGCACCCAGCCAGGGAAACCUCCAGUAAAAUUUGUCGUUCCUCAGAGCGUGGAUGGGGGCUACGACGCUACGGAGGAGCAGUGUCCAGAGGGCACACUCUACUCCCCGACGCAACACCUCUGUGACUGGGAGAAGACUGUCUGUGCUCUCGGCAACGUCUGCCUCAACGACUGCGCCUAAUUCCCCACUCUGCCUAUAUACACCGAAAGAUGUAUAUUACCCUAUUUAUCGGUGUAUAUGCACUGAAAGUAUACUUUGGUUCUGAAUUAUGUUCAUGACUAAAAUAUACUCGAAAGUUUGUCAAUAGGCUAUUGCCGUGGACUUAAUAACCCUCUCGAGAUUGAUAGACCUGAAGCCCCACUCCUGACCUCUCACCAGUGCCCGUAAAACCUAUAUAGAUGGCCACACGUGCUGCCUGGCAGCUGAACCUAAUAAACACUAGCUUUCUUUGUUUUUGUAUCUCUAUUUUGAAAGAAUAAAUAAAAGAAUAAAUAA